AUGGCUGUUGUAGAGACGGCUCAGGUUCCAGAAGCCUUUGUGGAGGUGACUGUAUACUCAAAUGAAGGGCACUGUUCAUUUGCAGGCCGUCGUCAGAGAGCAUUUUGCAGGAAUGUAAUGCAGGAGAACUAUGGGAUUAUGGCCUCCCUUGGAGGGUUCCCUGCUCACACCUCUGAUCUGCUCAGCCGCUUGGACCGAGGGGAAGAGGCUUGGGUGCCAGAUCUUCAGAGCUCUGAUGAAAGUGCGGAUGACAGCCCCGUCAAGCCAACACUGAAGAGAUUGCCGAAGAGAGGGACAUGGUGGGAUCGGUAUCGAAGUCCUGUGACCUACCCCAGUUCAGACUCUACAGACUCAGAUGCUGAACAGGAGAGUGAAGCUGAAGAAGAGAAACCUCAGCGUAGAGGGCGUAGGCUGAUAAUUCUUCACAGGAACUUAUCAGACAGUUCUAGGGGGACUGGAUGCCACAGUCUGAAGUCAAGAGAGGUCUGCAGGGUUGGGCCUCAGUUGAAGAAACUUCCACGAAGUCAGGUAGGCAAGAUAAAGAGCAAUUUGACAGAAGCUGGUCAUGGCAGUGAGAGUACAACCAAAGAGAUGGCUGUAGGAGAGGCACUCCCAAACUCUUGUCCUGACUGUGGUCAGGCCUUCAAGUCAAAAUUAUCCCUUUCCAAUCACCAGAGAAUACACUCUAGGGAGAAGACCUAUAAAUGCUUUUCCUGUGGAGAAAGGUUCACAUCCCUAAAAGUCCUUGCUAGUCAUCAGAGAAGCCAUGCAGGAGAGCGGGGUUAUAAACAUCCUGGUGGUGCUGUGAAGUAUAAAAAAAGUCACCCCAAAAAGGGGUCCUUUCAAUGUCCUGUGUGCAAGAGGUCUUACGCGGUGAAGAACCACCUGCUACUCCAUCAAAGGAGCCACACACUAGCGCGGCCCCAUAAAUGUCUUGAAUGUGGGAAAAGCUUCAUUCGAAAGGAUCAUCUCACCAGACACCAGAAAAUCCACACAAGGCCACCAUGUGAUAACCACUCUAAGGGUGCACCUGCUAACCCUCCUAAGGUUGAGAAGAAAGCAAGGGUGGAAAAUUCACCUAAAAUUCUUGAUGAAAAGAAACCUGAAGCUGCCGGUGGUGAGAAAACUACUCCAGUGGACAUUGAUCCUGCCAAACAUGAGGAAGCUGAGAUAAGUCUCUACAAAUGCCAGUUCUGUGGGAAAUGCAUGCGGUCUAAAUGCUUGCUUGUUGACCAUGAGAGAAUCCACAGGGAAGAAAGGGCCUAUAAAUGCUCCCAGUGCAAGAAAAGCUUCCAUCAUAAGCAAAGUUGGCUGACACAUGAGUCAAAUCAUAAGAAGCAGGCAGCCUGCAAACUUUCCAAGAGGGUGAAAAGAUUGAGUGCAAAGAGUCCCCCCUCCAGUUCUGGCGUCUCCCACAAGACAGAACUUUCCUCUAAAGGUCGAAUUGGUAGGAAACCCAUUGCUCUCAGCUUUUGCUUCACUCAGCGCUCAAAAAGUUGGAAAGGGAGAAAACUCUACAAAUGCCGAUACUGUGAGAAAUUGUUGAGUACAAAUGCUGCGCUUUCCAAUCAUGAGAAACUCCACACAGGGCAGAAACCCUAUAAAUGUAAUGAAUGUGCAGAAAGUUUCAUUAGAAAACACCACCUUAUCCGACACCAGGCAAACCACACAAGACAAAAACCCUUUAUGCGUAUCAAGCACGUCAGAAACUUGAAGAUGAAGAGGCAGCUCCCUACCUGCAGGAUAGAUAACUGCGUGGCUCUUGACAUCGCUGAGAAAGAAAUGCUUACAAUGCCUGAAACGAAGGGCAGUGGAAGAACGCAAGUCACAAAUGAACUCCAGGCUGCAGCUCAGCAGAACUUGGAGGCAGCAGCCACUGGGCAGCAGCAAGAAGUACAGCCAGUGCUGUCAGGGACGGCAGGAAGACCUCUUCCCCAAAGUGGUGAAGAUGGGAGAGACUGUGCUGAACCCUAUAUAGCACAUUCUCCCAAGGAAAAGGCGGCUGGUAGCCAGCAUCAGUCCGAAAAAGCACAGGCUAAGUUUGUGUGCAAUCAGUGUUGGAAAUCCUUUAGAAGCCAAAGACAUCUUUUGACUCAUGAGAAAAAACACAGUGGGAGCAGACGCUUUCCAUGCACACAGUGUGAGAAAAGCUUCUAUGCUGUGCAGUCCCUCAAAGUUCACAUGCAAAUUCACACAGGAGAAAAGCCGUUCAAAUGUUCCGAGUGUGAGUUCUGCUGCAAUGUGAGUUCGAAUCUCAGCAGGCACAAGAGAAUACACAGCCGAGAGAGACCCUACCCUUGCCGGAGGUGUGAGAAAAGCUUCUGGUUCAGCCAAAGCCUCGCUAUCCAUUUGGAGAUCCACAACAAGAAGGAGCCUUAUGUGGGCUCUCACUGCAGGCAAGCCUUUGAGCAGAAGAACGUGCUCAAGCUGCAGAAGGGGUGCAAACGUAGCUUGGAAUCCACUGAAUUGGGCCCUUCAAAUGAGGAGCCUUCCUCCGAUGACCUCAGGCUGUGCACGCAUCCCUAG